AUGGCACCACAGCCUCUCCACGGCCGACCCGCCCCCAACUCGCCCACCAUGGUUCUCCCGCCCAGCGCCUUCGCCGCCUCCAGCUCUACGCCCAGCACGGGCACCGGCCACCGCAAGAAGGCCAUCCUCAAGCCCAUCUAUUCCCACCACCGCCUCCCCUUGCCCAAGAUCAACACCAUCAUCUCCACCAACAAGAUUGCCGAGUCCCUGGCUUCUCCCAUCCAAACAUUACCCCCACCUCCUUCAAGUUCAUGCCCCCAGCCUCCUCCUCAAGCAGACCCCAACUCAGAGGAAUAUCUCAGGGCCUUGGACGAAGCAUGGGAGGCGUUCGAGGCUGAACUGGACCUCAAGUUUGGUACUGGUCCCAAAAUCAACAUCAAUUCCCAGUAUCAGGAAAGCCUCAAAGAUGAUAUGACUGACUCAGCCUCACCCGCAACACCCACUCCUGCAUCCACCUCCUGA